AUGGCCAAGGACCCCUUGGUGGAAGAUUUGCUCCAGGAGGUGUCGGCGGGCAUUCGGGGAUGCCUGUCCGGAGACGGCCUGGCGGCGUACUCCGCCAGCCUCGAGGAGCUUCUGGAGCUGGCUGAGGACCACCAGCUGAGGCAGAGGACGCGGCUGCUAAACCGGCUGGAGAAAUGGAUUCUGGAUGCCCAGGCGGCGGGGCACGGCAGGUGCCUGUGCGGGGUGCGGGGCCUGUCAUUGCAGGCGUUUGGAUCGUCGGUGAUGGGGAUCAGCAGCAGGGGGGGGGACUUGGACAUAUCAGUGGAGGGGUCCCUGCAGGACGCCAGGGUGAGCCGGUCCGGGCAUUUGACGGACGCGGACAGGCGGUUCAGGGGUGACCUGCUGGGAGAGGUGCACCAAACGCUGCAGGCGGGGCGGCACUUCCGGCCCGGCAAGAGCACGCAGCUGAUUAGGACGGCCAAGGUGCCCGUCAGCAAGUUCGUGGAGGCGGAGACGGGCAUCCAUUGCGACCUGUCGAUCGGGAACAGCAUCGGCGUGUUCAAGAGCCUGAUCCUGGGGGAGGUGCUCGGGGUGGACAGGCGGGUGAGGGACCUGGUCGUGAUGGUGAAGAAGUGGGCCAAGGCCAACGAGGUGAACGACCCCUCCAUGGGGACGUUCAACUCAUACUGCCUCACCCUGCUGGUCAUCAGCUUUGUGCAGACGCGCACACCGCCCCUGCUGCCGCCUUUCAGGGACCUGUUUCCUGACCUGCGAGCGACAAUCAGCCAGCACGGCGCGAGCACCGGGGGCCCAUCGCUGCUCUCGGAGAUUGAGCGCUUCAAGGAGAUGGCCAGGGCGUGGGGGGCCAGAAACGACAGGGAGAGGAACCAACAGACGCUGUUCGAGCUGCUGCUGGAGUUUCUGGCCAGCUUUUCCCUGUUGGCGGCGCACUCCCAGCUGAUGCACUACACAGCAGAGGGGAGGCUGGGCAGCGGCUUGCGACCGACGGCCUCACCGUGGGAGGGCGGAUUUACAUCUGUUAGGUGGGACGGCCGUGCCAUUAAGAAGUAUCACUUCUUCGUGGAAGACCCAUUUGAAGCACAGGACAAUUGCGCGAGGACGCUGGCGACGCAGGACUGGUGGUUUGUGUGCAAACUGCUGCAGCAAAUAGCCGAGGAAGCUCAGAACUUCAGGAAUGCACCAGCUGAGGAGAAGAGCAGGCAAUGGUCAAGACUGUCACUUGUUGUGUUUGGCAAGAGACUGUCAGCUUCUGCACCAGGGAGUUCGCAGGGCAGUGAUAAUGGGGACGUGCGUCUCCUUUCGGGACAUAGGAAGGCACUUUUUGUGCAUUUGAACAAGUUCAAAUCAUCGGACAGGAAGUUUGUUGCUUUCAGCAAUAGUUGGUGCUCUGUUCCUGUGCGGAAGCUCCUGACAUCUGUGGUUCAGGAGCUGGGCCUGUACAUGGGGAAGGGGCCCAAGAGAAAGCUGAUCAUCAGCAAGGAUGGCAACCUGAAGGAGGACAUGGUGGAGCACGCUGUGAACAGCACCCUGAAAGUUCGCAGGCCGAAGACGCCCAUCGAUCCAAUGUACUGUGUCGUGAAACAGCGCCUCAGAGAAUUUCUGAAGUGCAGCUUGAGGUUACACAUUUUCCACACCAGCAAGUUCGAGCCAGAGGUGAAGGCAUGGAUUGCUAGUGUGAUUGAGGGCUUGGAUCUCCAGCUCCUUUGGCUCGAGGAUGGAAAUCUGAGAAUCGAAGUUCCGCCCAGUAUGGAUCGUCAUGCUGUUCAGGCAUGUCUAACUGCUGAAUUGGCAGGAGUUGAGCGAUCGCCGAAUGGGUUGCAAGCAUUUGGGCAACAAGAAGAACCUCAAAUAUUGGGGCAAGAUGAAGAUAACAAUUCAUGGCCUGCAGAAUUUGGAGCUCGCAAAGAGCAUGAUGUGGAUGAAGAAGAGAGCGAUGAGGUUCAUCAUUCUUGUGGCGAGUCUGUGGGGCAUAAAGAAGAACACGCGGGGCCCAUCGCCUCUGAUGAGCAGUGUACUGGUCAAGCUGAAGAGUAUGCAUCUCUGCAGCUGGUGGCGAAAACAGACAACAGAAUUGUGGUCAAAAUUAAGACGGGGCAUCGAAAAGCAGUUCCUGAGCACUGCAAUGGAGCCAUAACUGAGCACAAGGAACAUAGUUUGGGAAGGCCGUCGGCCUGGACAGCUCUAGACCAUGUGCAGGAUGAGCUUGAGCCCCAGGGCAGCGCUGUUUUGGCGAAGUUGUCUCUCUGUUGCGCAGCUUCAGAUGAUGCAAAACCAAUAGGCAAUGGUGAGGUGCACGCAGAUCGCCCUGCACCAGUGGCAAAGUUCGCAGGGAGCACAGGGGACAUGGCAGCCCAGCCCGGCGGGGUAGCUGACAAGUCAGACUCCAGCCCUCGUUGGAGGGGCAGCAGCGAGGACACCAGGCUGAAUGCCGACAUCCUCAGGGGUGUGUUGUAUGACCUGUUUGAUGAGCUCUCUGCUUUCAGACAGUCCAAAGACCCUGAGGCUGUCAUAGAUCCAACGGCGUAUGUCGUGCCGGUGGGCUGGGUGCGACAGCAGGUUCGAGACAUCGCAAGGGCGCUCAGCCUGGCGGUCGAGAAGCCUUCCACCACAAAGCGGCAGAUGAAGAUGCGGGUGUGGAGGCGGGCUGCCGGCGACGACUCCAACAGUGACGACGACGAGUGGGAGCUGCAGAGGCAGAGAGGCCAUCCGCAUGAGGUGCACAACAUGGUGGACCAGAGCAGCAGGCUGCAGAUGGGUACCAGGCGGAGGUCGGCAGACAUGCAGGCCAGUGCAAUUCCCAACGUGUACCACCACGGUUUCUUGCGGCAUGAAGACCACCUGUUCAGCUGCUUCAACUGGGUGAGGAAGAUGAACAGCAAGUCCAAUGGGAAGGCGUUCUGGGCAGCGGGGUACACGCCUGAGGUGCAGAGAUUGAUUUGUGAACGAGCUGAGGACAAUGGCCUGUGCGCCAGUGUGAGGGACGGACGCAUCUGGAUGGGGACUGUGCCCGACGAGGGGCAGGCUCAGCUGGUGCAGCGGAUGGACUCGCAGGGAUACCGGUUGAAUCUGGAAAGUUUGAACAGGGAGAUAAUGGUGGGAGUGUACAAUCACCUGUUUGCGCGUCUGCAGGAAAUGAAACAGCAGGGCUUUGAGCAGAUCACCAUUGACAGCGGGGGUUUUAUCAUGAAGCCAGAGUGGGUAGUCGAGCAGACAGCGAUGCUGGCGGCGCAUUUAGGCAGCCUUCAUGUGGGGGACGACACGAACGGAAUCAUGAAGGUUGUGAAUGUGGACGUUGCGAAGCGGCGGUCGCUCGACCAAGGCCCGCGGGGCUUGCCCCCUGGCUUUGUGCCAGCCGAUGCACACCAGGUCCUGAGGAUGCUGCCAAGAGCGGCACCCAUGCGGCAGCCCAACCCACAUUCGAUGCUGGGCCCCAGCGCUGCCAAUGAGCAAGCAAUGGCGCAGGCCAGGAGCAGCCAUGCUGGUCAAAUGCCCAGGGCACGAUUCCCCAUGGCAGUUUCUGAGCCACCAACCAUGGCACCUCACAAGGGAACUGCUGGCAGAGUCUGUGGGUUCAAUGGUCAUGCUGGCCAGUCAGAGAGACUCCAUCCGAUGCACAGCGUGAAGUCUGCAGGUAGGCACAGGCCGGGUGCCUCCAUUCCAGCCGCGAAUGCCCAGGGCCCAUACCCUGGGAAUGCCGGUUUGAGCAUGCCAGAGGAUCCAAGAGGCUUUGGAGGGCCACAGCGGCACUGGAGGGGAGGGGAGGGAUGUGCUCCACAGGAGGGCCGAGGUUCCAGGGGAAGAAGGGGUGGAGGAAGGGGUGGAGGAAGGGGCAGGCGCUCGUCAGAGGACACAAACUCUGGGAAGUCAAAGGGGCAGAGGAGAUAG